AUGGCAGUGAAUACAGUUGCUGUUGAAACAGGUGUUACGCAGCCAGCCCCAUCCGCUCCCCCCGCCCGCUCCCAAUAUACCUGCACGCGCAAAAAGCACGGCGAGGACCGCAGAGUCAGCGCCGCUGCUGCCGAUAGCUCCGCGUCGCUCACCUCAGGUAGCAGCCCGGUGCGGGGUGUCCGUCGGCGGGCAGUCGCCACGGCUUGCGCGGACUCCCGGAGCCCAGCACGGCCGGGUGCUUCCCUGCGGCCAUCGCUCCCACGGCAGGACCGGCUCUCAGCACUUCCGCAGCCCGCGCCACAAACUGCAGGCACCCACGACAGAGGGGGUCACCCUCAAGAGGAGACCAGGGCCUCACGACCGCCCGGCGCUGAAGGGAGGGGAGGGCUGGGCCAAGCCCGCGCUGGGCGAACCGCCGGCACCGGAGAGAAGGCGCUCCCCGACCCGUCGCUCCCACGAUCAGGCGGCUUCCGGCGCAUCCGAACGUCAUCGUUCCCCGCCGCCGCGCUCAGCGCUUCCGCCCGGCUCGCUCCCGCUGACCGGCGCUGCCCCUGGCGGCGGCCGUCGAGGGGCGACCGGGGACGGGCGCGUCGACGCUUCCCCCCACAGGCGAGACGGGGCUGCUUAGGAAUCUCGCUGCGUGCUGGGUUCCGCCGCUUCCGACUCCUACCCGAAGUUUUGGUUUUGCCUUUGCCUGGGUCCAGCUCCAUGGUUGCUGAUAUCUGAAAUCCUCCUACUUAAAGCAAGAGGCAUAUCGAGUGCUGCUUGUGUCUUAACAAACUGGGUUAUGGCCUUCUUAGGAACCCAAAGAAUUUCGGGAUUUUAUAGUAGGCAUCGUUAAUUACUUUUAUUUCUUCAGUUCCUGUGUUCUUUUAACCUGUUGUACUGACUGUAAUGGCCAUGUGAGAAUAUUAAUUGUAUUUGGGCCAGUAUUUUUUUUUAAUAAGAUGUAAAAUAAAAACUGAUUUUAUAAAUAAAGAAAAUU